UGUAAUCAUGGCUUCCAUUACUUUCCAGAUGUCUUUAUCACAGUGUAGAGAAGAACAUGAACCUCUUUCAAUAGACUGAAGGCAAAUAGAAAAGAGGUGGGAUGGGGAAAUAAGACUCUUCCUGAUCUGACAGCGUUGCAUGCCACGAGACCGGCACUGCGUGGAUUUACUCAAGCCUAUAAUCACACCCCGAGCAACAGGGCGCCAGAUCCUGUCCAGAAGCCGACAGCUCUGCCGGGUACAUUUUGUGUUCUUUAGGAAGGGGGACGGAGGGAAAAGUUUCGCAAGAGAACCAGAAUGACAGAGACGACAGACAGCUUGGCAUGUGCUGACUCUGAGCUGGCACAGUGCGAGGCCGAGGUGGACACUUUACUGCAAAUCAUAUCUGAUCUGAAUGUGAAGAUGCGUGCUCUGAAAAUCCCACGGCAUCGAAUGGAGUAUGGAACCAAAGCCUGCCAGCCAGUUUCAGGCCAGAACUCCAGUCCCGCAGCACCACAGAGAGGCCCGGGAACUCACGCUGGAACUGCAUCGGGGGAGUCGGUCACUAAGCCAUCCCCAGGGGAACAUGAAGUUUUGGCAACAGAGUGCAGUGGAGAGCUAUGGUCAAAACUUCAGCAGGUUUUGUCCACUCUGGAGUCAUCUGCCAGCAGAGGGAGAAAGCUGGUCUCCCCCCACAUUCAGGAUGAUGAAAAAACCCAGGAAGAGCACAUUACCGCAGCACGUGACACCUGGGUUCAGGCCACACAAGUAUUAGAGGAAAUGGAGAGGGAUCUUGGAAUCUCCUACCUAUCCGCAUUACCCACCGAAGAGCGUCAGAAAUACCAAAAAGAGGUUCUGUACCUGGGUAAUCUCAACCAGGAACUGAGCACCAGCCUACAGAAACGUCAAGAAGAACAGAAGAAAAUGGACGGAGCCAUUUUGGAGAUGGAGGCGGAGAAGAAAAGCCUUCAAGAAAAGUUGGACGAGCUGAAAAACAAAUGGCUGAUUACAGCUAGUUGUUCUCCUCCCAGAAGUCCAUCCUUGUCCUAUAGCAGGACCCCAAGCCCCUGUUGGGCAUCUCCUACGAUUCCUGCGUCUCCUCGUUUCUCGGGCAGAAUGCCCAUCUCACCCCCUGGCUCUCCGUCCAGGCCUUCAAGACACAGUUCUGGCAGUUCAGUUCUGGAAACCGAGACAGAGCGUCUCCAGAGGACAUUGGAGAGCCUAAAAGCAAGAAACGAGCGUCUGACGGCAGCUCUAGAGAGACGGAAGAGCGAGUCAGAGCAGGUCAGCAUGGCCCUGAGCCGGCGCGAGGCUGACUGCUCGGCUCUGCAAAUGGCCCUCACAUACUGUGAGGAAUGUGAGGACGCAUACAGUGACCUUUUGUCCCUUUAUGAAGCCAGGAAGCAACAGAAUGCUGCAGAAGCAGAUCUGUCGACUCCACAACAAACUAGCAACCUGAGUACUGCGAAUGAGGAGUCGGCCUGUACUACAGCGAACACCCAGAACAGUUUGUCAGCAGAGGAGUUUAAUGAAAAGGCUGAAGUCAUUCAGCAGAGAAUCGCCCGUCUGAAGCAGGACAGGGCGGCGGUGUGUAUUCCACAGGAGAUCAGGACAGGAGAAGGGAAGCUCAGCCCUGAUACGGGCACGCUGGCAGGAGUGAGGAGGCUAAGCUUUUUGUCCUCGAAAAACCCCAAAGAAGAAAAAACAGCACUGAUGUAUGAGUUAGUCAACGUCAGGGACGAAAUGUCUGAACUUCAGGGACUCAUCAGGCUCAGGGAGAAGGAGCGUCGCUGUCUGGAGUCUUCUCUGGUGGCCCAGAGGUGUCAGGAUUCAGCAGGGGCUGCCAUGGCGAGGAGCCUCCAAGCGGAGCUGGAGGACCGGAGAGCUGAACAACAGAGGAUGGAUGAGUAUCGUGCCAAGCUGGAGAGUGGUGCAGGACUUCCUGGGCCGAGGAAUCAUGCCAUCAUGAGAGACCUUCAAGCAGUAGCAGAAAGGGAGCAGAUACUGAAGAGGAGAGUGAGAUUUUUACGAGAGUCAUUGGACACAGCGAUGCUGGACUACAGCACACAAAGCAGAGUUAACAAGGAGGAAGCGGCUCGCCUCUUGAUCUGUCAUGGUAAAGCCCUGAGUGCAUGCAGAGGCGCCCGCAAAAAGCACCACGAGCAGCUGUGGAGGAUCGAACGACAAAUGACAGCCAUGCAGGAACGUCACAAGUCUCAACUGGUAGAACUAAAAACCACGCUUGAGGCGCUGGAGUGGAAGAAGGAGGAGACAGUGCUCUAAAACACAUUUUAGAAACUAGAGUACAAGCACAAUAAAAUACAUUAGGUAACGUAAACCAUUCUACGUUUAUCUUAAGGUUCAGAGGACACACUGGAUAGAGCAGGGAACGUUGAGGGAGUUUUGGACAUAUUUUAGGACACAAUGCCAAAAGUUUCAUUUUAGACAAUUAAGUGAAAAUACUUCGCAAAGUUAUUUGCAAAGCAAUGACUUAAGUGUCCUUUAAACAUCUCUGUAUAAACCACCCUAGGACUAAUGAGUAGCCUCUUUUACAAGCUAUCCUGUGAUAUUAUUAGAGGCACAUAAGUUUGCUCAUUUAAGGGCGUCUCAACUCUAGGAGGAACGGAUCACGAGAAAAUGGGAACAAUGUUUACCAAAGGUCAUGUCUUUUUCUGUAUGCAAAAAAAAAAAAAAAACACGCUCCCUGCAAAGAUCUGGCCCUUCGCUCUGGUCAAACAAAAGAUAAAAGACAAAAGAGGCUGAACCUAGAGGAUCUCAGCUUGGCCAUUUGUCUCUUUUACUGAGUCCACCUUUCUGAAUACUGCACGCUCCCAACCCCCAGCCUCGGGGCAGUCGGCCGCAGCUGCGAGUGCCAGUCAGAAGGUUGAAGCAAAGGUUGAGUGUCACUCCCCCAGGGGUCAAAGGGCGGCCUGUACCGUUGUUAAAGCCUGUGAAUGUCGGGGUUACAAGGCCAUGCUUAAGCGAGACUCUAGCCUGAGCUAGAGAUAAAGAAGAUCAAAAGAGGUGGAUGACCGAUUCUGUUGCAUGUGCUGCAAUGAUCAUCGUAAUGAUAACGAGGGCAGGCGGCAAUUACUCUCAAUCUCAUAGAAUGAUGUUUUGUAACGAUUUAAAGCUGGAUGAUAUAAUGAUAACAUUGGUAUCAUGAUAAAUUAUUUCACACUGCAGUCUUCCGUCAUAUUGUGAUAUUUUUUUUUAUUAACCAGGGGUGUUGGGAAGGACUGGGAACAAUAAAGGGAAAACUCUGUUUAUUUCACUAUGUAGACUAAUGGUUGCUGCACUAAUGCACUUAUUCGCGCAUUUCACUAGUGCUUUAAAUACCAUCAAUAUACCUUGGACACCAAUUGCUUGAAUACCGUCAACUGCUUCACGUCUGAAACACUGGCCUCCCAGGAACUCCUUUAAUGGCUGAAUGUGCAAAUCAUUUAAAGAGACUGCUGGAACUUUUUCCUGGCGGUUUCCUGGCAAACGUGUUGUAGAUAUCAUCAUGCAUGUUCUGUGUUUUCGUAAUUCUUGUCCUUAAAAAUCAUCAUCGAUGUAACACCAAAUGUCAACUCAUGGGCUUGUAAUGUGAUCUCACACACUGAAAUAUAUUUAAUAUAAAAGGCA